UUAUUCGACGACCAGUCACUAGUGAAUUUUCCGGUGGGAUUUCCGGGUGAGCUUCCGGCGAGAUUUCUGGACGAGCUUCCGGUGAGAUUUCUAGACGAGCUUCCGGCGGGUUUUCUAUUGACCUCAGCUGACCGCAUCUUCCGUUGUUCAUUUCAGCCUGUGGCUAAGAUGCCGCCGCGUAAGAGAGUUGUUCGCACUCAGUCCGCUAGUGCUUCACGAGAGGGUGGAGAUGAGAAUGUGCCGCCACCGGUUCCACCGAUUGAUCAGGAUGCCCUUAGGCAGAUGGUGCAGGAUGCUGCCAGACAGGCUGCACAUGAGGCAGUUCAGCAAGCUGUCCAGGAGGCUGCUAGAGUAGCUGCACAGGAAGUGGUUAGGCAGAUGGCUGCAGCUCAGCAGGUUCCGCCAGUUCAGGUUCAGGGGCAUCAGCAGCCCCCUAUUCAGCCGGUUCCACCAGUUCAGGUUCAGGGGCAGCAGCAGCCCCCUAUUCAGCAGGUUCCUGAGGUUGAUGAGACGCUUAUGCAGGUGAUGAAACAGAUGAAAACUGUGGAUUUGGAGACUUUUGGGGGAACAGUAGACCCUUUUCAGGCUUAUAAUUGGAAGCAUAGAUUAGCUACGUGUAUGCAGACUAUCAAUUGUCCGUUGCGCCUUUGCCUUAAUAUCGCAGAGUUGUAUCUGCGUGGGAAUGCAUUAGUAUGGUGGGAUGGAGUGCAAUCGAUGCGUGAUGGCGAUAUGACUUAUGAGGAUUUCCUCAUUGCGUUCGACAAGAAGUAUUUUCCUAGAGAAGCAUUGCACCAGCAGAAGAAUGCUUUUGAGCAUCUGAGGCAGGGUACUAGGAGUGUCAGAGAGUAUGAGCGGGAGUUUUGCCAACUCCGCUUGUUUGCUGGUAAUAAUUUUGAUGCGGAGGACUUGAUCAGGAGAUUCUUAGAUGGGAUGCGAGUUGAUCUUCGCGGCAGGUGCAGUAUGGUUACUUACACAAGCUUGGAGGAUCUGGUAGAGAAGGCUGCUGUGCAGGAGGCAUGUAUUGCAGAGGAGCAGAAGUACUCUAAGGCCCAACCUAAGACUGAAAGAACUUCAGGGUCACCGAACAUGGCAGGGGAUCAGUCAGGAACACCCAGUUGUGAGCGCUGCCAUCGCUACCAUUUUGGAGAUUGCGUCAUGUGUUUUGCAUGUGGGCGGUUAGGCCAUGUGGCCAAGUAUUGUCGAUUUACAAAAGUGGAUGGUACUGGUACCGGACAGGUUACAGCACCAACGACACUAGCAGCGGCUUCAAAGAAGUGUUAUGGCUGUGGCCAGCCUGGUCACAUUUUCAGGGAUAGCCCGAGGGGGGGACGUGUAGAGAAUCCAUCACCAGCUAAGCGCCAGGCUAUCGCACCACGAGAAUUUGCAGCAAGAGGCAACGAGAGAGUUGAGCCGGCUGAUGGUAUGUAUCUUUUCACCUUGGUAGUUUACGUUUGUGCAUGUUGUCUUUUGCGGUUAUCAUGUGUUUAAAAAAAAAAGUUGUGCUUAAGAUCAGUAGCGGCUGAGUAUGAGAGAUUUCACCUUAUUUGAUAUGGGAGGACCACAUAGUUUGGAGUGUCUACAGCGAACAAGCGUCUUUAUAACAAAGUUAAGUCAUGCUGAAGACAUCUUAUUCCUUUUCUUGGCUCAGGAUUUGAAUUCGGGGACGAAUUCCUUCUUAGUGGGGAAGAAUUGUAACGACCCAGAUUUUUCUGGUGGGCCAGUUUGGCCUUUAUUAAAAAUUAAAGUCUAAUUCUCUCUUUUUACUUUGUCCCACAUUGGAUGUUUAGAAAACCUACCUCCUUUCCCUUCUCCUAUAUAAGAAACUCCAUCCUUUCUCUUUAUUCUCAUCAAGUCAAAGUAUUUCUUUGCGUGUGACGAGUUGUUGUUGAAUUAUUCGACGACCAGUCACUAGUGAAUUUUCCGGUGGGAUUUCCGGGUGAGCUUCCGGCGAGAUUUCUGGACGAGCUUCCGGUGAGAUUUCUAGACGAGCUUCCGGCGGGUUUUCUAUUGACCUCAGCUGACCGCAUCUUCCGUUGUUCAUUUCAGCCUGUGGCUAAGGUGAGGGCUAUCCCAUUAAAUCCCGAGCUAGUUUAGUACUACUAUUAUGGAAAGUUUAGUUUCGAAACAUGAUCCGUCUCUGUGAAUUGAGUCUGUUUGAGAGUCUUGUUUGUUUAUUAUUACUAUUGAUUGUUAAACCGAAAAUAGGAUAAUAGAGGAUUCAACGGUUGACUGAAUUGAAUGAAUUAAGAACUGUUAUUUAUAUAUGUAUAUACAUAAGUCUGUUAUGAGAUUGCGGGGCACAAAGAUGUUGUGCUAACGGCGCAUUGUGUGGAGAUUGCGGGACACAGAGACGUUUGUGUUAGCGGCGCAUUGUAUGGAGAUUGCGGGGCAUAUGGACGUCUAUGCUAGCGGCGCAUUGUAUGAGGGAUUGCGGGGUACAAAGACGUUUGUACUAGCGGCGCAUAGGUGAUUGCGGGGUACAAGGAUGGACUCUUGUACUAGCGGCGUAUAGAGUUAUAUAUUUAUAUCCGUAUAAGGAGAAUGCGGGGUGUGUGAUCUAGUUAUGCACUAUCAGCGCAUUUGAUGUUUUUAUGUGGUGUAUUAGACACUGUGUUUGUUUUAUGCUAGAACUAGGCCUACAUAGUCGUAGUGCUAUGUACUGAGUCAGUGGUUUGUGGUUUAGCAUCCCAUACCUCACGGAGUAACUCCCCUGUUACUCACCCCUCCUUCUUUCCCCCUUUCAGGUGAGACUGACGAGCAGGAGUGAUUGCUAUCGGAUUGGUGCUUUGGGAGUUUUAUUUCUUUCUUUUUCAAACUUGCGGAUUUUAUGCUUUUAUCGAUAUUCUCGAGAUUUAUUAUGUUAUUUGGAUUUAUGGCUAUUUAUUGGAUUUACGACUUUGGAGUUGACUUUUGAGAAGUAAUAAAUGGAGAUUUCAGAAUUUUAUUUGUUUAUUUUAUUUUGGA